AUGGAUGUUCACAUCGAGGUGAAGGUGGCGAAGGACGACGCUGGCCGCACUAUACCCAAGUUCGGCGAAUGGGACGUCAACAACCCGGCCUCUGCCGACGGGUUCACGGUUAUCUUCAGCAAAGCCAGGGACGAGAAGAAAGCCCCGACCAAACCAGGCCACAUCACCAACAGGUCGGCGUCGGCUGACAGCAAGGACUCCAGGACCGAGAAGAUGACCUCCUACAACUCCAGGACCAACGCAUCGCUAGUCACCGAUAUUCAUAAUCAUGCAUGCGUUGUGAUCUCUCCAACUUGCAGAAGAAAUGGUUCUGCUGUGUCUCGCCCAGUCCCACACAAUCUUGAGGAAGCUCAUGAGCUGUGCAAUGCUGCAGUCUGGUGCUAUUCUGUGAUGGUUAUGUGUAGCUCUGUCGCUGGCAGACUGGCCAUGAAAUGA